AACAACAGUUCCCAACCUCCGACGAGAAUACAAGCUGCCACAUUGAAGAGGAACAAAAAGGCGACCUGGCAGCGGUUAUUACACUCCCUCCACUUUCUCCGGGUAGUCACGGGAUUUCAAUGUUCAGCCUGCUAUUUGGUUUCUGUGUUGACUUGAGCUGCACCUAUAUGGCGUGUGUGAGCGGAGAAUUUUGCCAGGCACAGCACCUCACCUGCGCGGAGAAGUGAAUCGGCCGCCCCCCAAGGGACUACGCUACCCAGAAACCCCCCUGACUGCCAGCUCGCUAGGAACUGCUGACUCCUCCAAAGGCCCCCCACCCUGGGAUAUUGCGUAGUCCUUGGCCCGACCGCCCUGCGUGUCCUGACCAAUACGAAAAGACCUUUGCUUUCUGCUUUCUCCUCGAACAGCCAAUCACAAACAGCUCUCCUGAAUGGGCCGUCUCGCCAACAUGAACCGCCCCGCUGCAGUCGAGAUUGUCCACGAGUGCAUGAGGUUCCUCAUCACCCACAACCCCACCAAUGCCACGCUCAACAAGUUCACUGAGGAGCUAAAGAACUUUCAUGUGAACACACUGGUGAGAGUUUGUGAUGCCACCUAUGAUAAGGCUCCCGUGGAGAAGGAGGGGAUACAAGUUGUGGACUGGCCUUUUGACGAUGGCGCCCCUCCUCCCACCCAGAUCGUGGAUGACUGGCUCAAGCUGCUUAACACCAAGUUUCGAGAUGAACCCGGCUGCUGCAUUGCCGUGCACUGCGUUGCAGGGCUUGGAAGAGCUCCAGUCCUGGUGGCCUUAGCCCUCAUUGAGAGUGGAGUGAAGUACGAGGAUGCUGUGCAGUUCAUAAGGCAGAAGAGACGUGGAGCCUUCAACUCCAAACAGCUUCUUUACCUCGAGAAAUACAGACCCAAAAUGCGUCUGCGGUUCAAGGAUACCAACGGCCACAACUGCUGUGUGCAGUAGGCUGCCUGUCAGUGCAUCUUUCUUAUGCGCAUCUAGUGGGGUAAUCUUCCAUCAACGGGAGAUUUAAAAAAGAAAAAAAAAAUAUGAAGAGUGCUAUCAGUAAUUAUUGUGAUGAUUUGUAAACACUGAGUCAUGGUUUUUUGAUCAGAGAGCAAGCCAGUGAUCGAAUGAAUGAAUCCAGAUCUGGGGAUCCACCAGCCGAACCAAUGAAUGGAAGGUCAAAGCACACAGAUAGGCCCGCCUCCCGGUUACACUGUUCAACCACGGGCCAAUUUUGUCAACUCGAGUCCAUCCUGUUAACUUUAUUUUAUUAUUUUUCCUUUUUUUUUUUAUUUCAGUUGUAAUCAUGGGAUAACAAUAUUCCACUUCGUGAAUUUUUAUUUUUACAAGCGCAAUGGUGAUGGGAAGAUGUAAUGUCAAAUGAUACUCUGAUUUUUACUUCCACUAAUUAUUGAUAUUAUGAUUAGGCCAGAAUAAUGUACCUUUUUAAAAAAAAAACAGAAACAACUUUUUAAACUUUGAACACAUUACGACUGUCCGUUUUGGUAUUGGGGUGUUUUUUUUUUUUUUUUGCACAAAACUCAAAAAGUUCACCUGAAAAUGCAGUAACGUUUCUUCUUCCUCUUACCCUUCACUGAACAUAAAGUCACUUUCAGUUUAGAAGUUCACUGAGUUUGAAUAUGUCUGAGAUAUUUAUUCACAAGAUAUAUGUGUGGCAGUGAUGAGUUUGGCAGGGGGCAAGGACACUUUGUUAUCCAAUAGUUUUUGUUGUUUUAUUUUAUUUUUAUCCUUCGAGAGCCAUGUCUUUUUUUUCUCUUUUUUUUUUUUUUUUUUACCUUGUUGGAGUGCAAUAAUCAGUCCACCUCAGACGCCCACCAGACCCUGCUGAGCAUUUUCUACACAUAAUGCAAACACUCACACGUCACUCAUUCAGUAAGAAAAACAGGAAACAAUGUAUCAGCUCCUACAAACAGGUACUCCUCCUGCUUGCAUUCAUAAAACGGGCUACAAUAGGACAUCCAGAAAUAUGCAUAGUUAAACGCCACACACACACAGAGAGCCUAAGAUCCAACCUGAAAGAUAACGUUGAGAAGAAUGGAAAGGGUCAGUUUUUUAUCAUUGUACCCAUUUUGAAAAAACAUCCCCAAUUCGUAUCGGUUCUUUAAAGAUAAAUAAAUUGAAAUAAAAAGCA